CGGCCCAUUUUCAGAGCCUUCGGCCCACCAUAGACUCCCUGUCAUCCGCGACCAGCCACCAGCCGCGAGCCGCCGCCUCGGCUCCGCCGCCUUGCUCCGUGCUCCAGUGCUCCGCUCCUCCUCCCUUCGCCCCUACGGCUCUCGGCGGUGAUCCUCACGGCAUCGGCGCCUUUCCAUCGCCUGCGGCUGGCCCCGCGGAGCGCGGGUAGGGCGCUCGGCAGCUCGCUCGACGCCGUUGCGCCGACCGGUGGUGCCGGCUCGUCCUCGGCGCCGGCGGCUUGGGCUCCCGCGCACCCUCCUUCGUCGGCACAACGGCAGAAAACGAAGCUACAGAGAUACGUUGGUUGGUAUCUUGGUGAAUUCAGGGUUUAUUGCUGAUUAGGAGAAAUUCCUUGUUGAAUAUGUCAGAGACUCACGAGAAAGAUAAGCAAUUUGAGAAAGAAGGAGAAGAAGGGGAAGAGGAAGAGUAUGUCUUGCUUGAGUUGGAUGAUUGUCUUUAUUCCGACGUGCAACCAAAUGCUUCAUAUGUGCUCUCUGGUCUGGAUACAUUGACUCCUACCUUGAUACUAGGUGAUGGCCUGAAAAUGAUUGGAGAAUACCAAGAGACUAUUGGCACAUGCUAUUUGUUCUCAGAAACAAAUGCUCCACCAAAACCCAUUCACGGUGAGAUGGCACCUCCUGAAGAAAACAAGGACAAGCAAGCCAGCUGUAGCAAGGAAGUGCCAUCAAAGGAGGUGAAGCAUCUCGCAAGCGUUCAGAAGAUCCUCAAAUUUCGCUCUAUCAAUGCGGAUCAUGAGCAGCGUAGAGCCUACAGGGAUAAUGAGAGAGAAAUUUGAAACAGAACUUGUAGCGUUUUUUUUUUCUCAUCACCAACUUGUACAGUAUUUAUGCUCAUCUCACUGUGGUCCUCUAAUAUUAUUCUCAUCUUACUGUGACGCUGUCUAGCUUGGUUUAGCUUGGAAAGUUGCAAUAUAUGCGAAACUCUUUUGCCUCACUGUAAACAUCUGAGAGGCUUAAAAAAAUCGAGCAUCAUGGUGGACAAAA